UACGUGAGACUUGGUCACACCGCAACAUACUUGCCAUACUGUUUUAUAUGUUUGACCACAGUGUCUAAGGUUAAUAGUAACCUGUGGAUAAGUGUGACAAACUUAUUGAUUCAUAUUUACAAGUACUGCUCAGCACUUAAAUUACCUCUAAAAUACACAGGGAAAUCGGUAUUACUCAGAGCUAUAGGCCUCCAUUGAACAGAAGCCAACAGCUAGGACUAAUUGAACCACAAUGACGAGGUGGCACGUCUUGCUCCUGUGUUUUCAUAUCCUUUUCAGCUGUAUCGCAUCAGAAGAAGAGUCAUGUGGGUUAAAGCCUUUUUACUGUAGCGAUGUGUGUAUCUCAUCUGAAUUAGUAUGUGAUGAACAAGAAGAUUGUCCGCAAGGAGAAGACGAACGUGAAUGUCCACUUGAAGAAAAUAAUUUGAAUGUCAGCUCUGAAGAUGAAUUACCUCGAGAACAAACUAAUUUAACAGUUCAUAAAACAUGCAGACCAAAUCAGUUUCUUUGUGAUGAUAAAAAGCAGUGUAUUCAUAAUGUACACCUCUGUGAUGGUCACCUGGAUUGCACAGAUCAUUCAGAUGAAGCCCACUGCAAUGGUUCAAAUAAGAUGUGCUGGCAGGAUCCUUAUGCUGUCAAAUGUGAUAAUCUUUCCAAAUGUAUCAGUUCUAAUUUGACUUGUGAUGGACAUGCACAUUGUCUAGAUGCUACAGAUGAACACAAUAACUGCUCUAUUCUUUGCAAAGCACUGAAUUGUGAACACCAUUGUGGAAUCAGAUCUGAAGUUGUUGAGUGUUUCUGUAGACAAGGAUUUGAAACAAGUGCUAAUAACAAAAGCACUUGUGUAGACAUAGAUGAGUGUAACUUAACAAAUUAUUAUGGCUGCAGCCAAAUUUGUGACAAUGUGCCUGGAUCAUUUGUUUGUUCAUGUCUUACUGGAUAUGAGAAAAUAAAUAAUACAAAGUGUAGUGCUAAAGGAGCUGAGCCAGCACUAAUAUAUGCAGUGAAUAAUAUGAUCCAAAGAUUUACUUUGAAGAAACAUUCUCAUGAUGCACUUGUGGAACAUUUACAUGGAGUUAAAAGUCUUGCGACAGAUGCUGUUUCCAACACGAUUUUCUGGCUUGAAGAGGAUCAACAUUCUAUUCCUUCUCCUAGGAUUUACUACAUGGAUUUGUCACAACGGUUUAGAAAUAAAGUGCCGUUAGUUACAUUUGGUCUCCUUCAGCCACGCAGCCUUGCUUAUGAUUACUAUGGCAAUAAUCUGUACGUCACAGAUGUGGAUAAGAGAGCCAUCCUUGCAUGCAAACCAGGGUUACCAUCAUGCAUCACUGUAUUUGACCAGACUACAGUAACCAAUCCUGUUGACUUAGCCCUGUACACCCAGGAAGGUUUGAUGUACUGGAUAGACCUGAUUGAAUCAAGCAUCUUCAUAGGCAGCAUGGAUGGUAAUUACAGCUCAACUCUCAAGUCCAAUCUUGUCAGACCAGCUUGUCUACACAUUGAUGUCACCACCAAAAGACUUUACUGGUUUGAUGGUCUACACAAUUUUAUUAGAUCAGUUCAUCUAGAUGGUUCUAAUGAUAGGAUUGUAGUGGGUCACCAGCUUCAACGUCCUAUAACAUUGUUGACAUUUGAAGAUGACAUCUACUGGGUAGGCAGCCAUUCUGUCAGGUCAUUCAACAAGUUCACUGGACACAGUGCUAGAACAGUUUUAAAAGAUAUCCCAUUAUUAAAGGAUAUGGCUGUUAACCAUCCCAGUCUGCAGACAGACUAUGGCAAUCCAUGCAAGACAAGCAGAUGUAGUCACUUCUGUCUACUUGGAUUAAAUGCAACUUACAUAUGUGCCUGCCCUGAUGAGUUUGAAUUUAACUCGCACACCAAUAGCUGCACAUCUAUUGAAAUGGCUGAACUGUUGGUUGCACGUAGUAGAGAAAUACUGUCCAUUCCAUUAGUGUCAACUGGUGCCUUAGAAGUGAGUACCCUGAAGACAGAGUCUAUGAGGAAUGUAGGUCAUUUGGCCUAUUUGUCCAAGUCUGAUGAGAUACUUUACACUGAUGUGACUAGAGAAGGAAACAAUACUCUCAAUUUACUCACUAACAGAAGAACACAGCCAAGAUCUGAGGUUUUACUUGUGGAUGCUGGUGUUGUGGACAGUCUUGCAGUAGAUGAAUCGUCUUCUGUGAUUUACUGGGUCAAUAAAAAUACACACCAGAUUCAUUUAGCUUCAUUAAAUGGUGAAAGAAGGUUCACAUUUAAAAUACAACAAGUCAAUCAGCCUCAUGCUUUGGCUAUCGAUCCGUUAUCAGGAUUUAUGUUUCUGUUUGAUGUUUCAACGCCUGGGAAGAUUAUUAGGUGCUUCCUAGAUGAUACAUCUUGCAUAACACUAGUCUCAGAUGUCAAUCUGACCCCAGACUUCUUGUAUUAUCAUAAAGGAAAUGUUUACUUUAGAGAUAGGUUUGGGAAAAUCUCAUCUGCACCUACUGAUAAUAGAGGCUCUCAUGGCAAGUCAGAUAUAGUAAAUGGUGCACCCAUUACACUUGCUGUAUAUGAGGAUAUGAUGUUUUGGACACAGCACGAUUUAAACUAUAUAGAAUGCUUCAACCUAGAGAUUGAAAUGGAAUGUAGGAUAGAGACAGACAAAUCCAGCAUGAGAGAUCUUGUCAUCGCAGUGAAGACUACUUUAGCCAACACAUCUUGUUCAGAAAAUAAUGGAGGCUGUCAUCACAUCUGUAUUCCAUUACCGCACAAUGUUAGAUGCCUCUGUUCUGAUGGCUACAUCUUACAUUCAGAUCUAAAAACGUGUGUCCUCUAUCAAGACAAAGAAUCUCCUAGCUGUGAAGGUCUUAGCUUCAAGUGUAAGAAUAAGCGUUGUGUGAGUCAAAGUUUAUUAUGUGAUGGUGAAGAUGAUUGUGGAGACAAUAGUGAUGAAACAGGAGACCUAUGUCCUGACAAAGAAUCUCCUAGCUGUGAAGGUCUUAGCUUCAAGUGUAAGAAUAAGCGUUGUGUGAGUCAAAGUUUAUUAUGUGAUGGUGAAGAUGAUUGUGGAGACAAUAGUGAUGAAACAGGAUACCUAUGUCCUGCGGGCAUUUGUAAAGAGGGUGAGCACAAAUGUUCUAGCAAUAGAUGCAUACCAGGAUCAGCAGUGUGUGAUGGCAUCAAGAACUGUCAUGAUGGCAGCGAUGAAGCCAGCUGCACUACUGUGCCCAAUCACUGCAAGCAAACUGAGCUGGCCUGCUCCUUGAGAUGCAUCAGUCAAGAUGCUUUAUGUGAUGGCUAUAAAGAUUGUGUGAAUGGAGAGGAUGAGAGAAACUGUUCACAAAGUCAUUGUCCAGAACAGUAUCAAUGUCUUGAUGGUCAGUGUGUUAAUACAACUGCAUUGUGUGAUAAUAUUCAAGAUUGCACUGGAAAAGAUAAAGCUAACUGCUCAAAAAAAGUAUCUUGUACAAAAUUCCAGUGUAGUCAGGUGUGUACAGAUACACUGAAUGGACCAACAUGUUCUUGUCAUAAAGGUUUUCAACUAGUUGGCAAAACAAUCUGUCAAGAUGUAGAUGAAUGCAGCAGAGAAAAUGGUGGAUGUAGCCAAAAAUGUCUUAAUAAGAAAGGCACACACCAAUGCUGGUGUGUUGCAGGCUACACAUUAGGAAUGGACCAACGUGGAUGUAAAGCUAAUGGUCCACGUCCUUAUCUGAUUGUUGGGACUCAUUUGGGGAUUAGGAAUGUUUCACUGGCCAGUAAAAUGAGCCUGCUGUCUUUGGCAACACAUUCAGCUCCCAAACACAUUGACAUGAAUGGUAACACAAGUGAGAUCUAUUGGACUGAGUAUGGGAUGUUGAAGAACACCAUGACUUUGCUCUCCUCUAAAGGUGCUAGAUGGGAAGUACAUGGAGACAUCAAUGGCAUUGCAGUGGACUGGAUAACUAAUAAUGUUUACAUUACACAGGUAUUCAACAAGGAAGGUAGACUCCAGAUUUACAAUAACCAAUAUCACAAAACAUUAUUGGCUGAACAAAAUUGGGUGCCUAAGGAGAUUGUUCUUCACCCAAACACCAGUUUGAUGUUCUGGUUAUCAUUUAAUGGUGUAGACAAACUUGAAAGGAGCUGGAUGGACGGCUUGCAACACCAAGAGUUGGUCAGACUUGCUUCUGGAUCCAAACCUAUGGCACUGGCCAUUGAUCAUGCAACAGAAAGACUGUACUGGCUGUCUGCUAGUACUGGAACCAUAGAAACCUGCAAGCUGGAUGGAACACAGAAGUUUUCAGUGACCUACCAUCUGUCUAGUACAAUCUACGCUAUGGAUGUAUUUGAAGGUCUGGCUUAUCUGACUGAUCUUAAUGAUAGUGCAGUAGUGAAGCUCAAUACCUAUGACACAAUGCACACAGAACCAAAGAUUAGAACUAUGUCAGGCUUAGGACCAAUCAAAGUGGUGCACAGAUUGAAACAACCAAUAAGAUCUAAUCCUUGUCAAGAGUUGAACUGUUUGUUCCUAUGUGUGUUGAUCCCCUAUGGAGGAAGAUGUUUAUGUCAUGAAGAUUAUGUUGGCCUCACUAAUUCAAGAUGUACAGGUGAAAUCUUUAAUGGUGAAAAACCCUGUUCACUUAAUUGUCUAAAUGGAGGAGAAUGUAAAUGGUCAAUAUUGGAAUACUGCAGUUGUCCUCCUGGCUACAAUGGAAGGUUUUGUGAUAUGGUGAUAAAAAAGAGUGAGACUAAUGGAGGUUCAAAGCCAUGGCUUGUUGGCCUUCUGGUGGCAGUCAUAGUGGUAGUGAUAGUGUUGAUUGCAGUGGUGCUUAUAGUCAUAUACAAGAAGAAAUCCAGACUCCUGGUGAGAUCUAUAAGAUUCACAGAUCCCAAGUUUACCAUUGGUAAAUCUGAUGAUGAAGAAGGUCUGGUUCAUGAUAUCUCUUUCAAUGAGACAUCUCCAUUAGAUGAAGUGUCUAAGAAUGACUCUGACAAUGAUCCAGACUGGUGGAAAAGACUGAUAUGUUUAGUUCCUAAAGGACCACACCAAACAAACAACCAGCAUUUUGAUAUGUCCAAUGCUGCACUAGGGGAACAUAGUACAUGAAAUCGAUACAUUAAUGUUAUAGAACACUUGUUUAUUGUACAGCUUCACUUAUCAAAAUAAUUAAACUUUUGUUUGUAUUGUUGGCCAUGUUGAUUUAUUUAUAAUGUUGCAUUAAAUUAUCAUAAACACAAUC